AGUGCUCCAUACGUCGUAAGUGCUGAAAGUCGUGUAAAAAGUUGUAUCCGGCCGCGCAUAGGUAACGCGGUAAAUCGCAAGGAAUUCCGUUUAUAAAUAAUCGAGGAAACGCGAGCGGGAGCGGGGGUCGUCAGAGCGAAGGCCCGCUGUAACAGAUGGCGCGUGUUCGCCGCGAAUUUUGCUCGCGUUAUUAUAUUGUGCCCAUAUGCUGCGUGACUGCAUAUUUUUGAAAAGUGAUGCAAAGAUUGGUUUAAUUUCUCCUGUAUGAAUGCAAGUUAUUGGAUUUGAAGAAUUGUUUCUUUAGGGAAAGUUCUAGGGGUUUUGAAACGGCGAGCAUGCGCGUUCGCACACUCCGAUGAUAUUCUCCGGCGGGGGGGCUCGCCGGCGCAGCUCGCCCGCGCCCCGCGCCCGCCCCGCCCCGCGACACCAUGCCAACUUUUGGUUCCCGGGCGGAGGCUGCGGCGAGAGCGUACAGGGCGAGCUGCGCCUCUCGAGAGCCAAACGCAUCACCCAGCGGCGGGGGGCCAUCAAACAUCACAAGAUACAUGAAGUGAAUGGGCAUCGGUUCGUAGCGAAGUUUUUCCGUCAGCCAACCUUUUGUGCGUUCUGCAAAGAGUUCCUGUGGGGCUUCGGCAAGCAGGGCUACCGGUGCGUCGUGUGUCAGACAGCAGUACACAAGCGGUGCCAUGACAAACUGCUCGGGAAGUGUCCAGGAUCUCCCGCAUAUUCAGACUCCACGGUGUAUCUUCGCGAGCGGUUCAAGGUGGACGUACCUCACAGGUUCCGGCCGCACCAGUUCAUGUCGCCCACGUUUUGCGAUCACUGCGGCGCUCUGCUUUACGGCUUCUUCAAGCACGAGCUCAAAUGCGAAGGUACUAUUACGAAGGUAUAUCUCUUAUAUUUGAUCUGCGAUUGCGCAGCUUUAUCAAAUACCUAUAAUAAUGUACAGUCAAUAGCACAUCAGCGUUGUGACCACCUAACUCUCUAGCCUUGAUUCUUACCAUAGGAAACGACAUGUUAGCUAUGUUAACUUUGACAUGUCUUGUUGAAUUAACGAGUAAGUUGGUAACACUGUUGUCUAUAUAAGUAUUGUCAUCAUUCUUUAUGUUUCGUUCGAUCCCCCAGCGUCCGACUCGAGAGUCCAGGGCGACUCUACGACGGAGUGGAGAUACCUCCCCGUAGGGUGUUGCCCUCCUAGUAGAUAGCCUCGAGGACGAUCGUCAUCUCGGCUUGAGUCCGGUUACCCUGUAAAGGCCAUCCGAGGCCUACAGUAACACACAGUAAAAAAAAAGUUACGUUUGUUUGGUAUUAAAGUUUACCUCAAAGCAGUAAAAUGAAACGAAGCAUCGAUAUAAUAUAACAUCGCGACAUAAUGUCAUAUCAUAUUGCUAGAUAGUCAAGCUGCGACCUUGUUUAUUCAAAACUGACAAAACUCUGAUUUUAGAAGUGACAGUAAAACCAUAACAUAUUGACAAUUAUAAUACGGAUAUUUUGUAGUGACCUGACGUGUUGUUUGUACGCACGGCCGCACAUUAGGUUACCACGAUAUGUUACUGCUCACAUCUAACUCGAUGUAUUAGAGUUUAAUUAAAAUCGAGUGGGGAAAUUUUUCAGUUUUGUAUAGCCGGACGUCCUGUUGAUUGUACUUGAAUUGUUACUCCCCGAAAAAAAAUAGUAACAAAAUGAACAUUUUCACUCGUUAACUAUUACAUUUAUAUUUGGUUCCAUAAUUUUAUGCUGUUAGAUCGUAACAGAUGCCUGCGAUAUAAGGAAAACCCAACAC